CGGCCCUCUGCCAUCAAACUUGGCUGGCUCCCGGACUUCACUAAUCUUUUUCUUGCCGGAAAUAAACUAGAUGGAACGAUCCCCAGUUCCAUUUCCAAUGCUUCCCAGCUCACUUACCUGGAGUUAAGCUCAAAUUCUUUCUCAGGCUUAAUUCCAAAUACACUUGGCAACUUGAAGUUCAUCAAUAUGCUUAACCUUCGGGAUAAUAACUUGACUGCUGAUGAAGAAUGGGGCUUUCUUUCCUCUUUGACAAACUGCAGAGAAAUAGAAGUCCUGAAUUUGGGAGAUAAUCCACUGAGCAGCAGCCUUCCUCCUUCAAUCGGGAAUCUAUCUACAUCUCUGCAAAAGUUUGACAUGUAUAACAGCAAACUUAUGGGAAACGUUCCUUUGGAAAUUGGAAACUUGAAUGGUCUGAUACUUUUAGGCCUUUCCGAUAAUGACUUGAAUGGAUCUAUUCCAGUAACAGUUGAAAAGUUAUGGAAUCUCCAAGGUUUGUUCUUCCAUAAUACUAAUUUGCAGGGAUCCAUCCUAUAUGAAGUUUGCCAAUUGAAGAACUUGGUUGACUUAGAGUUAAAUGAUAACAAGCUCUCUGGAGACAUACCUGCUUGCCUUGGAAGUUUAGUUUCUCUGAGAAAUCUGCAGUUGGGCUCCAACAGAUUCACUUCAAGCAUACCUGAAUCCUUGUGGAAUCUCACAUAUAUCUUGGAGGUAAACCUGUCGUCAAAUUCUUUAACUGGCUCUCUCCCUUCAGAUGUUCAAAAUUUGAGGGUCUUGGUAGGUCUAGAUUUAUCAAGGAAUCAGUUAUCUGGUGAGAUACCAGUCACGGUGGGAGAUCUUAAAAAUCUAGCUAGUCUAUCUUUGGCUUAUAAGAGAUUUGAAGGCCCUAUUCCUAACUCAUUCAAUACUAUGGUAAGCCUGGAAUCCUUGGAUCUGUCUGAUAACAAUCUCACUGGGGAAAUUCCCAAGUCCUUGGAGGCACUUCAGUAUCUUAAGCAUUUUAAUGUGUCUCACAAUAGGUUAGAAGGGGAAAUUCCUGACAAAGGGCCUUUCAGAAACUUCUCAGCUGAAUCGUUUAUAGGGAAUUAUGCGCUUUGUGGUUCAUCACAACUACAAGUUCCACCUUGCAAGAACAACAGCAUCAAGCCAUCAAACACAACAGCUAAAAUUGUGUUAAAAUUUAUUUUACCCCCCAUCCUGUUGAUCAUAUUGGUAGCCAUUGUAAUCAUCAGCUUUAUAAGGUGUCGAUCUCAGAGCGAAAAUUAUCCGGCUCAGGAAGACUUGUUACCUCUAGCUGCAUGGGCAAGAACGUCAUAUUUAGAAAUCGAAUGAGCGACAGAUGGGUUCAAUGAAAGCAACUUGCUUGGUACAGGUGGUUUUGGUUCUGUAUUCAAAGGGACACUUUCAGAUGGCACUAAUGUUCCAAUAAAAGUUUUUAAUCUGCAACUAGAGAAAGCCUUCAAGAGUUUCGAAUCCGAAUGCAAAGUAUUGUGCAACAUUCGCCAUUGGAAUCUGGUAAAAAUAUUUAGCAGCUGCUGCAAUACUGAUUUCAAGGCCCUGGUACUUGAAUUCAUGCCUAAUGGCAACCUUGAAAAUUGGCUGUAUUCACACAAUAACUUUCUGAAUAUAUUACAGAGGCUGGAUAUAAUGAUAGAUGUGGCUUCGGCUUUUGAAUAUCUUCACCAUGGCCAUUCCACACCAGUAGUCCAUUGUGAUUUGAAGCCUAGUAAUAUCCUGUUGGAUGAAAAUAUGGUUGCCCAUGUGAGCGAUUUUGGCAUUGCCAAACUCCGGGGAGAUGAAUUUUCGAUGACACAAACCAGCACUAUGGCAACUAUUGGCUAUAUGGCACCAGAGUAUGGAUCAGUGGGAAUUGUUUCUUCCAAAUGUGAUGUCUACAGCUUUGGCAUUUUAUUAAUGGAAACUUUCACUAGAAAGAAGCGUAUAAAUGAGAUGUUUUUUGGGAAAAUGAGUUAGAAAAAUUGGGUGGAAAAUUCAUUUUCCCAAGAAGCACUGACCGAAGUUGUGGGUGCCAAUUUGCUGCUGGUAGAUGAGAAAGAUUUUGAUGCCACAAUACAAUGUCUGUCAAGCAUUAUGAAAUUGGCUCUGGACUGUUCAAAGGAAUCGCCUGAACAGAGAACAAUCACGACGAAGGAUGCUGCAGUAAGAUUAAAGAAGAUGAAAGAAAAGUACCUGAAUGAUGGCCGCACAACUUAGAUUAUCAAAAGUAUUAUACCAAAUAUUUCCAAAUGACAUAUCAUUUGAGAAAAAUAUCAUAAACACUUUUAAAAUUUUGAAAUCUUUCGUA